AUGUUACCUCUCCCUGGAGCUCCGUCUUCGUCGUGGGCCCGAUUCCGAGAGCGCCUUAGAGUCUUAUUUAGUGGUGCUGACCCCAGAGUCUGUGUUGCAUUUUGGCUAUUUGGGUUAAUUAACAAUGUCCUCUAUGUCAUAAUUCUGUCAGCUGCCCUUGAUCUAGUCGGUCCCAAUGUGCCCAAAGGCGUCGUCCUCCUCGCAGAUGUCAUUCCCUCGUUUGGAAUCAAGCUUAUUGCUCCAUACUUUAUCCAUGUGGUGCCAUAUUCCGUUCGCGUUGUAGUCUUCGCUUUUAUUUCCGCAACGGGCAUGCUCCUAGUCGCGUUGAGCCCAGGAUAUGCGGAUGGUGGUACAAUAUCAACCAAAAUCGCGGGGAUUAUCCUGGCCAGCUUGUCCAGUGGAGGGGGGGAAUUGAGCUUCCUCGGACUCACACACUUUUAUGGUCCAUUCAGUCUGGCCGCCUGGGGAAGUGGGACCGGAGCAGCUGGAUUGAUUGGAGCUGGUACAUAUGCAUUGGCGACUACAUUCUUAGGUUUCAGCGUCAAUGUUACCCUUUUGGCAUGCGCGUGUUUACCAGCAGUGAUGAUAGUGACCUUUUUCACUAUCUUACCGAGAUCUCCGAUACAUCUGUUGACGCCCAUGCCGGCUAGAUAUCGUGCCGCUGGGAACGAAGAUGACCCGGCCGAGGACCGUGGGUUUAGCAGCGAGGGUCUAAACACUGCCCACGAAAGCGAUGGACUCCUCGAUGCUCCUAUACACCCAGACUACGACCAAAAAGCGAAUGAGUCAACUAACAGCCCUCAAUGGGUGACUAUCAAGGCAAAUUUGCAGCGCGCAAAAGGGCUGUUUUUUCCAUUCAUGCUUCCACUUCUAUUAGUCUAUGUUGCAGAGUAUACGAUCAACCAGGGAGUAUCCCCGACCCUGCUUUUCCCCCUCGAGGAAUCUCCGUUCUCCCAUUUCCGCGCUUUCUACCCGGCGUAUAAUGCGAUAUACCAGCUUGGGGUAUUCAUCUCCCGCUCAUCCACACCAUUUUUCCGCAUUCAUGAUCUAUACCUCCCUUCAUUUUUGCAAGUUAUCAAUUUGGCCGUGUUGACUCUACAUGCUUUGUUCAAUCUCAUCCCCAGCGUGUACAUCAUCUUUGCGAUUAUGUUCUGGGAGGGUCUCCUCGGUGGGCUCGUUUAUGUCAACACAUUUGCGGAGAUUGGCGACCGUGUUCCAAAGGAAGAUCGGGAAUUUUCCCUUGGCGCAACCACGGUUAGUGACUCUGCUGGUAUUUGCAUUGCUGGAGGCGAUAAGCAUGGGCCUCCAGUGAUCCGUAACUUCUCACGCCGUCUGUCGGGAAGAUUGAGCGUCUGGCAAACGACAGUUUUUGUUUUCCUAUGGCUAUACUUAUGUCGGAACUUCGCAAAAAUUGUUGGUCUGGAGUGUCCAGAGCCGCUGGCGAAUCUGUACUCGCGUUCCUUCUUCCGGGCAACAUGGAUCACUACCGCUUUGGAUGCCGGAUUCUGGACAGCCAUGAAAAUCAAACCCAAGUGGCUGCGGGAUAUCUCUUCGUUGGUCUUCACAGUGUAUUAUCUGUUUGCGACAGAGCGCGCGGAUGACAAGGUCCGUCGAGUUCGAGCUACCCUAACAGUGGAACACCUGCGGGUAUCGUGGAACAAAGGCACUACCCCAUAUCUAUGGGCAAUGGCGAGCCUUUUACGUCCGCGACUCACUAGAUACCCCCCUCGCGCAAUUCGCAUUCCGCGUCCUUCACAGUCCUCGUACACUGAGCCGACUAAUGCGUGGCUCUACUUUGAUGGCCCACUGAGUGCACUACGAGACCAGACUCGCAUUAUUUUGGAUAUCCCUGGCGGUGGAUAUGUCGCCAUGAAUCCUCGGUCUUUUGAAGACCGAUUGCUUGCUUGGGCAGGGAAGACAAAGAUUCCAAUCUUGAGCCUUGACUAUAAAAAAGCACCCGAAUACCCAUAUCCUUAUGCUUUAAACGAAUGUUAUGAUGUCUACCACAUGAUUGUUACAACACGCGGCCGUUGCGUAGGACUUAGUGGACGGACAAGACCACGAAUUGUAUUGACAGGAGACAGUGCUGGUGGAAACCUUGCUGUUGGUACCACACUGAUGGUACUCCAGUCUGGCAGCACAGGCGCGCCUCGCUGGCAAGGCGAAAAUAGAUUACCACUCCCGUAUGGAUUGGUUUUAGCCUAUCCUGCGCUGAGCAUGAAAGUUGAAAGCUGGAUGACAGAUGAGCAGAUGGCAUUGAUCCAAGACAAAAGCACACGCCGCACGAACCAAGGUGUUUUGCACCAGAAGAAUAUGGACUAUCAGCGAUUAACGCCUUUCACGUCUCCCGGCCUCUCUGUCAGCGAUAUCCCACUUCAUACCUCAUCUGACCCUGACCUUGAAACGAGUGACAUAGUGAAGGAUGCUUCUAAAGUACUUGCGGAGGAACUGAUGCAGGAUACCAUAGCAUCUCAGGCCAUUGAGAUGACUGAAAGCCAGCCGAGGCAAAUUCGAACCAGAUUAGCUGUGUCGUCUAUGAUCUCAUACGUCAAUGAUCGGAUCUUGACGCCCGAAAUGAUGAGAGCAAUGAUCAUUUUGUACAUUGGCCCUCACAACCGGCCUGACUUCAGUACCGAUUUCUUGCUGUCGCCUGUUAUCGCCCCGGAGGCACUUCUCGCACAGUUCCCUAAGACGUAUAUAAUCACUGGGGAGCGCGAUCCACUAGUCGACGACACCGUGAUCUUUGCCGGCCGACUACGGCAGGCUAAGCUGCACCAAUUCCGAGAACGCCAGGAGCUUGGCUUAGAAAAGUCACGGCGAGCUUUUAACGAAAAGGACCAUGUGGAGGUAACAUUGUUGCCGGGGAUUUCACAUGGGUUUCUGCAGAUGGCUGGGUUUUUCCCGGACAGCUGGAAACACAUUAACCGAUGCGCGACGUGGAUUCAAGACUUGUUUCAGAUAGCCGAGACAAAGAAAUCGUCGUCUAGUUUCAUCCAAUCCUUCUACGACACCACCACAAUCUCAGACAAGGCCACGAAAGCAAAGGCCAAUGGCGACAGGCCACGCAAUCACAAGCGAAGCCUAACAGGCGAAUCCUCAGCCGACGAGGAUAAACCAUUGGAGAUGAGCGUCGGCAAGAUGACUCCUCUAAACCAUGACGUCAACCAUUCGGACAACCCACGGACUCAUCAAUCGCUUAGCAGCUCUGUUCAGCUCGGAAGCCUGUCUAGGGGUCGCGCACCCCGGCCCAGCGGACUCGCUGGAAAACGCCAUGGAGCACCGACUGCCCUUGCCAUACCUACUACCAUGACCGUGCAUUCCCCUGAGUGUCUGGAAAGCCCUGUAUACGUUCGCAAAAGAGACCGGAGUCUCAUCAGUCUUCCCAGUGAAGAGGAUUUACUGCAUCGUAGAAUGACAGGCAUAGCAGGGGGACUAAUGGGAAUCGGUGAAGAGGCAAAAACACCGUAA